AUGAGAAAAUCUUGGGCUGGGUCAAGCCGAUAUCACUUUAAGGCUCCGAGCUGGCCCAUACACGGCAAGGAAACUAACGUUUUAAACCCCCACUUAUCUGUUCCUCCGGAACCAAGAUCAAGAGGGAAAGGAGAGAAACGUUUGAGGAACCCGUACUUCUUGAGGAAGCUGAAGAAAGUCAAGAAGCGCAAUGGACAAAUUCUUGUCAUCAAUGAGAGCAGAACUGGUUAUCACAACAUGUACAAGGAAUACAGGGACACUACUCUGAAUGGUGCUGUUGAGCAGAUGUACACUGAGAUGGCAUCCCGCCACAGGAAUAUCGACACUAAUGUUAGCAGCCAAUUGAUUUUUGGUGAGGAUAAGGACCUUUUGAAUCACCCAGAAUUGAAUUUCACUACAUUGGAAACUUGGAAUUUGACCUCGGGUGGUGUUGGGGGUACAAUUGUGGAUUCCGGCACCACAGCUGGUUGUGAGAAGAUGGAGUUGCCUGAUUUCGGCAUUCUAUUUGCGGGUGGAGCAGUCUGGAAUUUUCCAGUCGAGAACUACUUCAUCCGGCUUGUUCCAGAAGCAAUUUUGGGGACUCCUCGAUCUACUCUUUCAAUAAUUGGCAGCUAUCAGCGGCAAAAUUUCCUCAUCUUGUAUGAUGACAACAAGAAAUCUAGGCUGGGGUAUGCACCAAUGAAAUGUGCAGAUGUAUGA